AUGUUGCCCCAACAGAGUGACACAGGCGUACAGUCUGCCGAAGUCUCAGUAAUAACCUGCACCGGUGAUAGAAGCGAAGUAAGCAACCUAACAACCGAGAAUAAUGAUUAUCGAGCCGAGAUUCCUGUCGCCAAAAUAGAUAUAAUAUCACCUAUUGAUAAUUCGUCGCUUGUGGAGCUUGAGAAUUUUAUUGACGAUUCAUUUUGUAAUAUUAUGAACUCCCGACACAGUGAAGUAACGAAGGGUACUGUGGAACAAGUAUUUGUAAAUUCUACCCCCUUUAAACAACGCGAGAGUGACAACGCCACUACAAAAAAUGCAUUAUUUGACAAUUUUAAAGAGAAGGUUGAAUAUGAAAUAUCAAAUUUAUUGGCUAAACUCACCAAGCAAGACGAAACUAUCAACAUAAAUAAGCAAGAUAUAUGCAAAUUGCGUGAAGAAAAUUUGCAUCUCAAAUCACGUAUCUCCAAAUUAGAAGAAAAGAUGGCCUCGGCCUCCAUAGAAAAAUUCCCUGGUGCUAUUGAAAUAUCUUCUGUCACACCUACAACGCAGUACGUCCCCAUAAGCACUAAGAAAAAGGCCAACGAAGACCGAAUACCGGAAAGUAAUGUGCCUAAUAUGCAGUCCAAUCCAGAAGUUAGUGUACCUACUUAUGAAAAUUUGACCUUGCAACCGCGAACCCAGCAGACAAAUAAGAAUCGUUACGACCGCCCACCAAAGAAUUCCACUCCUUGCCCAUUUCUUCUGCGUCGAGGUUGGUGUCGAAAGGGAGACCGAUGCGACUUUCAGCAUCUUAAACCAUCUCACAAUACACAUAAACAUAAUGUCCCCUGUCCUUUUUUGCAGAACAGAGGCUUCUGUCUGAAAGACGAUCGAUGUGAUUUCUCCCACGCUUGGGUACCAACCAGAAGGUCGGUAUUAAAAACCACUACUAGUAGCCAUUUGCCACCUGCCUCUUUUUUAUCCCGAGCGCAAGUGCCAUUGCCACCAAACGUCCACACAGCCCAACCUCAGCAGCUCCAAACGUACAGCCUACACCCAUGGCGACCCCCAUCUUAUUCAAGGCCGUUAAUGGAAAUCCCACUACCCUCGUCCAGUUUUCCCCGAUUAUCCUCCCAGAUCCACCAAAACAGAUUUUACUAA